CAAUUUUGCACCUUUGGGCAUGAUAAAUUUGUAAAAUUCUUGUUCUUAUAACUUAUAUAAGUAUAUAUUCCCAAGUCUUUGUUGAAACAAGAUGAAAUUGGAAUUUUGACUUGGGCCUAUAUACUUGAAUGUUUCAUUUCACAUGCUAUCUAGCAUAAAUUUCAUUUCCCAUCUCUAUCUCAUGGCUAACUCCAUCACAGUCAAGGUUCUUGAUAAUUGCUAUCUCUCUCCCCCACCUAAUUCAGCUCCACAAACCUCUCUCCCUCUAACCUUCUUUGACAUACCAUGGCUUUUCUUCUCUCCUGGCCAAACUUUGUACUUCUAUGAAUAUCCCUACUCAACUACUUAUUUCACAUCCACUGCCUUUCCAAACCUCAAGCACUCCCUCUCUUUGACCCUCCAGCAGUACUACCCUUUUGCUGGAAACCUCAAGUCACCACCAAAACCUGGCAAGCCUGAGCUUGUUUACACAGAAGGUGACAAGGUUCAGCUCACACUUGCUGAGUCAAAUGGGGAUUUCAACCAUCUUUCAGGUAAUCAUCCAAGAGAUGUCAAUGAAUUCUACCAACUUGUGCCAAAUUUGCCAACAUGUUUCACAGGUGAAAAACAAUUACUUCCUUUGCUUGCUGUUCAAGUUACUGUUUUCCCAAAUGCUGGAAUCUGUAUUGGACUCACACACCACAAUGUUGCUUGUGAUGGAAGGACUUUUAACAAUUUCAUGAAGACUUGGGCUUGGUAUUAUGGUCUUGGUCCUCUUGGAGAUUACCCUUCUCCCAUCAAGUCUCUACCUUGUUAUGAUAGGUCAGUCAUCAUUGACACAUGUGGGCUUGAGGCUAUUUUCUUGAAGGAUUGGUGGAACAGAAACUCUUCACAAGAAAUUGUUGCUGUUGGUACUCAAACCAAUGUAGAUUUGUCCAACAUGGUUAGAGCCACUUUUGUGAUGAGUUUGAGUGAUAUGGAGAGGAUCAAGCAAUGGAUAUUAGCUCAAUGCAAAAGGAAAAAUAAGUCACAACCAAUACAUUUAUCACCGAGUGUAUUAACUUGUGCAUUUGUAUGGGUUUGUUUGCUUAAAACCCAAGUGGGUGUGAAUGAGAAAUGUGUUGGUGAGGAUCCAAUUUAUUUUGGCUUUAAUGCUGGAGGUCUUACUCGUUUGGAAUAUCCAGUGUCCACAACAUAUUUUGGAAAUUGCAUUGGGUUUGGCAGGGGAAUGGCAAAGAUGAAUGAGUUACUAGAAGAAGAUGGAAUUAUAGUUGCAGCUGAAGUAUUUGGAAACACUGUUAAGAGGUUAGACAAAUCAUUUUUUGGAGGGGCAGAGAAGUGGAUUUCAGAUUGGGAGGUGAUGUUUGGAUCCAAGCUCCAUGUUAUGGUUUCUGGGUCUCCAAAGUUGGAUCUUUAUGAGACUGAUUUUGGGUGGGGGAGACCCAAAAAGAUUGAGGAGAUUUCAAUUGACACUACCAGAGCCAUUUCAUUGACUGAGAGUAGAGAUUUGGAGGGUGGCAUUGAGGUUGGCUUAGCCCUACCUAAACCUGAGAUGGAUGCUUUUGUUACUUCGUACACUGAAGGUCUUGAGGCCCUUCCUUGAUUCACUCUAGAUUCAAUGUAAGUCUAGGAUCACCAAAAUUUUUCUCAAUUGCUUGUGCCUACUGUGAUUCAUGCAUAUAAUCAAUGAGUUGUGAAAAAAAUUGUAUCCUAGCAUUGCUCUUCUUUCUUC